AUGGCCCUACAGAAGUUAUCUGACUUUUUGGGUCUAGGAGAAGAACAGCUUCUAUCUCUACCUCUGGUUAACGCACAGAAGUAUGAUGAAAAGACUAUUCCCCCCACCCCCAUUCUAUAUGUGAUAUUAUAGGUUCACCAAAUGAAGAUCAGCUUCUUUAUCAAUGGUCUGGAAGAUGACAACACAGCUUUUGAUUCCAGAAUUCUCACUGGGUUAAUUGCAGACCCCUCUGUUGAUGGUGAAUGGCGAAUUGGGCAGAAUUUAAAUGGUUCAGAGCAAUUUGUUGGAAGGAUGCAAGAUUUCAGAUUGUACCAAACGACACUUACAAACAGAGACAUUUUCGAAAUACAAUCUGGAAAAUUCCCUCAACUCCAUACUCAGUCUGAAUGUCGCUGUCCAGGGAGCCAUCCAAGGGUACACCCUUUGGUACAGAGGUACUGCAUCCCUAACGGCGCUGACGACACAACAAAUGACAGAGUCCUUAGAUUAAGCCCUGAGGCUCACCCCUUGAACUACAUCAAUGAUAAUGAUAUUGGAACUUCAUGGAUUUCAUCUGUAUUUUACACCAUUGAACAACUCAAUCACGGAGUCACCAUUACAAUAGACCUAGAAAAUGGACAGUACCAGGUAUUUUACAUUAUACUCCAGUUCUUCAGCCCACAACCUGAAGCGAUACAGAUACAAAGGAAAAAGCAACAUGACCUCGAUUGGGAAGACUGGCAAUAUUUUGCAAGAGACUGCAGCGUAUUUGGAAUGGAGAAUAAUGGGUUGCUAGAAUAUCCAGACUCAGUCAACUGUCUCCAGCUUCCUAGCAUUACUCCAUAUUCCCGUGGAAACAUUACUUUCAGCGUUCUUACUCCAGAACCAAAUCGUCGUCCAGGAUACAAUGAUUUCUACAACACGCCAUCACUUCAAGAGUUUGUCAAAGUCUCAGAAAUAAAAAUUCAGCUACUUGGCCAGUAUCAUACUACUGCGCCUUCAGUUGACUUUAGACAUAGAUACUACGGAAUUGAUGAAAUUACUGUCAGUGGGAGGUGUAAUUGUUUUGGCCAUGCUGAUCACUGUGAUACAAGUACUAAUCCAUAUAAAUGUCUUUGCUCUAAGGAAAGCUACACUGAAGGCAAUAAUUGUGAUCGCUGUUGGCCACUAUACAAUGACAAGCCUUUUCAUCCAGGAGAUCAAGUUCAUGCUUAUAAUUGCAAACCUUGUCAAUGUUAUGGCCAUGCAACAAGCUGUCACUACAACAGGACAAUGGAUCCUUAUCCUAAUGAACACUACAGAGGUGGUGGAGGAGUCUGUGAUGACUGUCAACAUAACACCACAGGAAGAAACUGUGAAUUGUGUAAGGAUUUAUUUUAUCGGCCUGUAGAUGCAACUCUUUCAGCUGUGGAUGUUUGUAAACCUUGUGAAUGUUGCACAGCAGGCACGAAAAACAGUAGCCACUCGUGUGACAAGAUGGGAGGCCACUGUAAUUGUAAGAGACAUGUGUCUGGCCGACAGUGCAAUCAAUGCCAGGAAGGAUUCUACAAUCUUCAACAGUCAGAUCCUGAUGGCUGUAGCUCCUGUAACUGUAAUACCUCUGGGACAGUCAAUGGAGGUAUUACCUGUCACCCAAAUUCAGGCCAGUGCAAAUGCAAGGAAAAUGUUAUCGGUCUCAGAUGUGAUCACUGCAACUUUGGAUACAAAUUCCUCAAAGAAAUCAAGAAAGAUGUCUGCGAGCCUUGCCAGUGUAACACUCAUGGUUCAGAGCAUAAUUUCUGCAACCCUUCCACUGGUCAGUGCAGAUGCAAGGAAAAUGUCCAAGGACUGAACUGUGAUACUUGCAUUGAUGGCUUUUACGGCAUGGAUGCUUUCGGCUGUAAGCCUUGUGACUGUGCAGUGGAAGGAACUGUUCCUGGCACAGUGUGUGAUCCUAAAACAGGAAAGUGCAUCUGCAGACCUAACUUUGGGCGACGGCAAUGUGGUGACUGCUUAGAUGGGCAUUACAGAGUUCUGUGGAAUGAUUCUUUAUUGUGCCUUUCAUGUAACUGCAAUAAGGCUGGUACUCUAAAUAGUUCCUUGCUGUGCAACAAAUCAACAGGACAAUGUCAUUGCAAAACUGGUGUCACAGGUCUUCGGUGCGAUCAGUGCUUGGCUCAUUCGUACAAUCUCACCACUCAAAACCCUCUUGGUUGUGAGAUUUGUGGCUGUGAUCCCUUGGGUACACUACGAGGAAGUGUUUGUGACCAGAUCAACGGACAAUGCGUUUGCCUGCCUCACCACCAGGGAAGGAGGUGUCAUGAGUGUAAACCAGGUUUUUACAUUUCCCUUCAUAGUGUCAAUGGCUGCUCUCCCUGUUUAUGCCACCCAACUGGUUCGGUAGAUGAAUCCUGCAAUAGUCUCACUGGCCAGUGCGUUUGCCAAGAUCCUUCUAUAGCUGGGAGAAGAUGUGACCGAUGCAGGGACUACUAUUAUGGAUUUGAUGCAGAAACUGGGAAAUGUCGGCAUUGCAAUUGUCAUCCUGCAGGAGCAAUUAAUGGGACUUGUCAUGCCGUGACUGGACAAUGUGUAUGUAAACAAUUCACAACAGGCUCAAAAUGUGACAUCUGUGUUCCUGAUGCUAGUAAUUUGGAUGUCUACAACCUAUUUGGAUGCAGUAAAAUUCCCUCCCAGCAGCCUCCACCAGCAGGAGAGGUUCUAAAUUCUUCCGCUAUUGAGGUCACGUGGAAUCCACCUGACUCUCCGAAUUCAAACCAGCUGAUUUACAAACUCUACAGAAAUGAGAGUCAGAUCCACACAACAGAGGACAACUACCCUUAUAGUACCCAGAUGUUCACUGACAGCAACUUGCUUCCUUAUGCCUUCUAUUCAUACCAACUUGAGACCAGCAACGUCCAUGGAUCUACAAGAAGUGCAACCUUGACAUAUAGGACACAGCCUGGGAUACCUGUAGGAAACUUGCAUUUAAACCCAAUUCUUCCUGUUGGGACGCGCUCAGCUUCAUUCAACUGGACAGCUCUAUCAAAUGACUCGGGUCCUAUAGAGAAAUAUGUUCUGACCUGCAGGUCUCCACUUGAUCUUAAACCUUGUGGCCAUUAUGAAGGCGGGGAAACAUCAACAACUGUUUGGAAUUUGCUUCCAUUUACAAAAUAUAGUUUUGAUGUUCAAGCAUGCACCAUUGCGGGUUGUUUGCUCAGUGAAGAGGUGUCAGUAGUGACAGAGCAGGCCCCACCUGAAGAGCAGGAACCGCCAGUCAUACAAAGUGUCAGCGCUACUGAAUUAGCUGUAAAAUGGACCCCUCCCAAGAAACCAAAUGGUGUAAUUAUUAGGUACGAACUGUACAUGAGAGGUGCCCUUCAGUCAGAUGGAAGUCAUGUCCCCCCUGAGAGUCGUGUUUUCCAGACCAGUGGCUGGUUUAGUCCUCAUCCAGUAUUAGAAUCUGCCAAUGAAAAUGCUCUGACACCACCACUGACCAGCAUCAAGGUCACUGAUUUGAAGCCGUUCACAGAAUAUCACUUUCGUGUUUUAUCGGUCAAUAUGGCUGGGAGCACAUUUUCAAGUUGGACAUCACAGAGAACAGCAGAGGCAGCUCCUGUGUUCAUGCCACCUCCAUCAGUAUUCCCUCUUUCGCCAUAUUCUCUCAAUGUAUCUUGGGAAAAACCACAAGAUAAUGAAGCAAGAGGAGAAGUAAUCGGGUACAGCGUGAAUGAAAUUACUGAACAAAAAGAGUUGCCAGUAUUUUCUCAGGUUUUGUAUAUCGCUGAAGCUCAUGAGCAGUCCUAUGUAGUGAUGGGAUUGAAACCAUACAGAAUGUAUUACUUUACCAUUACUCUCUGCAAUCGAAUCGGUUGUAUCAGCAGUGCGUCAGGAAUGGGAAAAACUUUAGCUGCAGCUCCAGGACAGCUAACUGCCCCUUACAUUGAAGGAGUAAAUAGCACAGUAAUAAAGAUAAGUUGGAAUGAACCUGAGGAACUCAAUGGGCUCCCUCCAAUCUAUCACCUGGAGAGAAUGGAUGCAUCUUUAGCAGCAUCAAAUGCAACUGUAAUAAAAGGAAUCCGUUUCCCAGGAAAUGGGUAUUAUAAAUUUCCAAGUUCUACUCUGCCGGCCAACACGUAUUUUACAGGUCUUAAAGUGAGCUUUAGAACUACAGAACCUGUUGGUCUAAUUUUUCUCUCUGUUUCACCUGGGAAUCAAGAAGAAUAUAUUGCACUUCAGCUGCAAAGUGGACGUCCUUACUUCCUUUUUGAUCCACAGGGAUCUGCUGUUGCACUAACUCCAGAUAAUGACGGUGGAAGACAAUAUAACGAUAACAGUUGGCACCAUAUAAUUGCUGUAAGAAAUCAAGCUUUGGGAACAAUCACAGUUGAUGGGCAGUUCACAGGUUCCUUGUCAGCUACAAGUGGUAGUACCAUCAUAGGAGAAAAUACUGGAGUUUUUGUUGGUGGUCUUCCGCAAGGUUUUACAAUACUAAGAAAAGACACAGGCAACACUAAAAUAAUCAGGAAAGGAUUUGUGGGGUGUCUCCGAGAUGUGUUCUUGAAAACGAUGCACCAUCCCUAUGAAGUCUGGAAGCCUUUAGAAUGGAGGGAAGCAGUGGAGCAAAGAAAUGUUUAUCUCAACUGGGAAGGGUGUCCCAGCGUGCUUUCAAGUGGAGCACACUUUCUUGGAAAAGGUUUCCUAGAACUCCAUUCACAUAUUUUUCAUGAUGGUCAGAAUAUUGAAAUCUCCUUCCUGUUUAAAACUGAUCAGCUGAAUGGAUUACUUCUGUUUGUUUACAAUAAAGAAGGCACUGACUACAUUGCUGCUGAACUGAAAAGUGGAAUUCUGAAUUUUGUGCUAAAAAAUGGUAUUGCGUCCACACAUGUGAAUCUCUGGUUGGGACUGUCCUAUUGUGAUGGAAAAUGGAAUAAAGUCAUUCUGGAAAAGAGAGGUGUAGUAGUUUCAGCCAGUGUGAAUGAAUUGACGGAGCGUACGAUGGAACCUGGUUUAGGCCAAGUGCUUGUGAACUCUCCAGUCUACAUGGGAGGAAUCCCAGAUGAGAUCCAAAAUAGGUUCAAAGAGCUGGGAUUAGAACAAGGUUUUGGUGGCUGCAUGAAGGAUGUUAAAUUUACACGAGGUGCUGUCGUUAACUUGGCAUCUGUGUCCAGCAGUGCUGUCAGAGUCAAUCUGGACGGAUGCCUAUCAACUGACAGAGCUGUUAACUGCAGGGGAAAUGACUCCAUCCUUGUGUACCGAGGAAAAGAGAGGAGUGUUUAUGAGAAUGGGCUUCAGCCAUUUACAGAAUAUUUGUACCGGAUAAUUGCUUCUAAUGAAGGAGGAUCUGUAUCUAGUGCCUGGAACCGUGGCCGCACAAGAGAGUCUGUUCCACAAAAUGUGCCAACACCCUCAGGAGUUCACGGUAUAAAUGGUUACAGCGUUGAGGUUACCUGGGACAAACCAGCUGAGGUCAAAGGUGUAAUUGAGAAGUAUAUUCUGAAAGCAGUGAGGGAAGAUGGUUCCACUGUUUCUACUGUCAGUACAGAGAUUACUAACACUACUACAUUCACAGGCAUCCUGACAGGCUUGCAGCCCUUUGCAAAGUAUGCUGUAACCCUAACAGCUUGCACUUUGGCUGGCUGUACUGAGAGCUCACAUGCUUUGAACAUCUCCACUCCACAAGAAGCUCCACAAAAUGUCCAACCACCCACAGCUGUUUCAUUUCCCAAAUCUUUACUACUAAGCUGGUCUCCACCAAAGAUACCCAAUGGGAUUAUAACGCGUUAUUCUUUAUACAUGGACACACAACUGAUUUACACUGGAAAUGAAACCAAGUAUAUUGUCAAGGAUUUAAGAGUUUUUACAGCUUAUCAGUUUCUUAUCACUGCCUGCACCAUUGUUGGCUGCACAAACAGUUCCCAAGUCACCUUGUUUACAGCUCAGUUGCCACCAACUCAUGUGGAUGCACCAGUUCUGACAGUUUUGGAUUCUAAAACAAUAUAUGCACAUUGGCAGACACCAGCAGAAGUAAAUGGAAAUCUACAGCGCUAUAUUCUGUACAUCGCCAACGAUGAGGAAAAUGUUACAGUUUGGAAUGUAAUAUAUAAUUCUACAGUUCUUUCGCGGGAUUAUACUAUCAGGCACCUUUCUCCUGGCACUGAAUACUUCUUUAAGCUAGCAGCCUGUACAGGAGGUGGAUGUACAGUUAGUGAACCUGCUUCAGCAAUAACAACUGAAAGUACACCAGAAGGCGUUCUUGCUCCAGAUGCCCAGUCAUAUUCCUCUGACUCCUUUAACGUCUCGUGGACUAAGCCAGAGUACCCGAAUGGAGUUAUUACUAGUUAUGGAUUGUACAUGAAUGGCAUUCUGGUUCAGAACUCCUCAAAGCUGAGUUACUGUAUUUCUGGUCUCCCUCCUUGGAGUUUGCAUUCCUUCAGAGUACAAGCAUGUACCGCAAAAGGCUGUGCUUUAGGCCCACUGGUAGAAGCUCGUACAAUAGAAGAUGUACCUGAAGGAAAAAUUGAAGUAUUUGUUAUUAACAGUGGAUCCAGAGGAGUCCAAGUGAAAUGGUAUCCUCCACAUGAACCAAAUGGGGACAUUAUUUAUGCUGUUCUUUUCACUGGAAUCUUUUACACAGAUGAAGCUAAUCACAAUUAUACUCAGGUAAAUGGUACACGUGUUUUAUAUAUGGGCAAAGAAGCAAAUGCAUGGGUCCUCAUUGGAGGACUAGUUCCAUUUUCGAACUACACCGUUGAAGUGAAUGCUUCCAAUAGUCAAGGCUACGUGAUGAGUGAUCCUGUAACAAUUGCCAUACCUCCUGGGGCUCCAGAUGGCAUGUUGCCUCCCAGGCUUUCAUCUGCCAUGCCGACCAGUCUUCAAGUUGUCUGGUCUAUACCAGUUCGCAACAAUGCUCCAGGCUUACCCAGCUACCGACUCCAAAUGAGGCCUAAGCAUUCCCCAGAAGAUAUUCUAGAGUUAAUCUCCAAACCUACAGCUUCUUUAAGUCAUAUAGUCACAGAUCUGCAGCCAUAUACAUCGUAUGAGAUGAGGGUUAUUGCUUCCAAUGGCUAUGGGGAUAUAUACAGCAAAUGGACUUUGAUGGUAACAGCAGAAGACAAACCAGGUCCUAUAGAUCCACCAUUCCUGAUGAAUGUUACAUCCAGAACAGCAACAAUUUCCUGGCAGCAUCCAUCAAAGCCAAACGGCAUGAUCACCCACUACAAUAUUUACCAAAAUGGCCAGCUGCACACAGCUGUUCCAGGAACAACAUCUAAGUGCCUUGUACAUGACUUGCGUCCUUACACAGUUUAUCGGUUUCAAGUAGAAGGCUGUACCUCCAAUGGCUGCUCUGUUUCUCCUGAGACUCCACCUGUUCAGACGCUUCCAGGUGCACCUGAAGAUAUUCCUGCUCCAGAGCUCUAUUCAGACACACCAACGUCAGUGCUAGUCUUGUGGCAGCCUCCUCUUCAUCCAAAUGGACUGGUUGAAAAUGUUACAAUUGAGAGGAGAGUGAAGGGAACGCAACAAAUAUCCACCGUUGCUUCCUUGCCCAUUAAUCAUUCAAAGAGCUACUUGGACCAAAGCAUGGCUCUUAGCCCGUGGACAAAAUAUGAGUACAGAAUUCUCGCAAGUACUUUUAAUGGUGGCAUUAAUAGCAGCGCAUGGGCAGAAGUAAUCACCAGGCCAUCUAGACCUGCAGGCAUCGCGCCCCCUGCAGUAACAGCAUUAGGCCCGGACACUGCACAGGUUUCCUGGAAAUCUCCUCUCAUAUUGAAUGGAGAAAUACUCAGCUAUGAAAUCCGCAUGCCAGAUCCUCGAAUCACCCUUACCAGCAACCUGUCUUCUUCCAUGAGCCACAUAGUAACCAACCUGAUUCCUUUUACGAACUACUCGGUCACCAUCAUGGCUUGCUCUGGAGGUGGUGGCUACAUUGGAGGGUGCACAGAAAGUCUACCUACUUUCCUGGCUACUCAUCCAGCACUUCCGCAAGGCAUCAGCCCAUUAUCUGUGACCCCAAUUAGUGAGUCAUUUAUUGCUGUUACUUGGCAACCACCCACCAGACCCAAUGGGCCCAACAUAAGAUAUGAGCUCCUGAGACGUAAAAUCCAGCAGCCACUUGCAUCAAAUCCCCCUGAAGAUUUAAAUCUCUGGCACAAUAUUUACUCAGGAACUCAGUGGUUUUAUGAAGAUAAGGGUCUUAGCAGGUAUACAACAUAUGAAUAUAAGCUUAUAGUGCACAAUGAAGUAGGAUACACACCAAGCGAAAAAGUAGUGGUAACAACAUUGGCAGGUUUGCCAAGUAAAGGAAGUAAUGUUACUGCACGACCUCUUAACCACACUGCUAUAGAAGUGGAAUGGUCCACGCCAACCCUACAGGAUUUACAAGGAACUGUUGAAUAUUACCUUCUGUCUUGGAAUGACACUUUCCAUAACAAAUCCAGGAAGUUCCCUGCCGGUGAAAACCAUGCAGUCAUCGGCGAACUGCAUCCUAACACGGAGUAUCGAAUUUUGCUUCAUGUUUUCAAUGGGGUUCACAGUGUCGCAAGUGAGGCAGUGGAAGUGACUACAUCAGACGGAGAGCCGGAGGGCAUGUUCCCUCCAGAGGUUCUCAUCAUCAACAGUACAGCUGUACGUGUCAUCUGGACAUCGCCUUCAAACCCAAAUGGUGUUGUCACAGAGUAUUCUGUCUAUGUAAAUAAUAAGCGAUACGAGACUGGAAUGAAGACACCCGGGUCCUUUCUUUUAGCAGAUUUGUCGCCAUACACUAUUUAUGAUAUAAAGGUUGAAGUCUGCACUGUAUAUGCCUGUGUGAGAAGUAAUGGAACCCAAAUUACAACUGUGGAAGAUGAGCCCAAAGAGUUAUCAUCACCACGGAUCCAAGUCCUUAGCUCAAGGUCACUUCAGAUUAACUGGGCGUCACCCGGACAACCAAAUGGCAUUAUCUUAGGAUAUGAAUUAUUACGCAAAGCUCAGAAUUCAUGCAUUGUAUCCCAGCAACUAUCAAAACACCAAAGUAGAGGGGUGUGUUUGUCCUUGGAAUGUGGUAUCAAUGAAAACAUCUGUGGAAGGCUGUGCUAUAAUCCGCAGUUUAAGGUGUGUUGUAAUGGGAUACUACACCACAGUAAACCAGGUUUCCAGUGCUGUGAAGAAAAGUAUCUCCUCCUUAAUCUUAAUACCUCAGGUGUUUGCUGUGGUGACCAGAUGCAUGCAAUACAGCCAGAGUAUCAGUGUUGUGGUGGCUAUUACACAAGGGUAUUAGCAGGGGAAGUAUGCUGCCCAGAUGAAGCACAGAACUGGGUUUCGGUUGGUAUUGGAGAUUCUUGCUGCCAGGGAAUUCCAUACUCCAUCUCAGGGAACCAGAUAUGUUGUGGUGGAUCACUGCAUGAUGGCUUCAAUAAGCAGUGUUGUGGUGGACAAGUAGUAAGCAAAGACCUCAGCUGCUGUGGUGAUCAAGAAAACGGGAAAGCCUAUCGACCAACAGCAGGAAUGUUCUGUUGUGGACAUGAAUAUGUGAAUAUGUCAAGUACCAUAUGCUGCUCAGCUUCCAGUGGUGAGUCUAAAGCCCACAUUAAAAAGAAUGACCCAGUGCCAUUAAAAUGCUGCGAGACUGAACUUAUUCCAAAGAACGAGGAAUGUUGUAAUGGACUUGGAUAUAAUCCUUUGAAAUAUGUUUGCUCUGACAGGAUUUCAGUUGGAAUGAUGAUGAAGAUAAAAGAGGAAUGCCAAGCUAGCACUCUGUGCCCCAUAUCUAUGGAAGGAACAGCAUACUGUGGGAGAUGUGACUUUGACAAGCAUGCUCAUCUAUGUGCUUGGGUGAAGAGCCCUUGGAGGGAUACAAAAGAAGAUGAAGGCAUUUGCCCAACUGUGGAGGAGAAGGUCUAUACAGGUGGCCCAAGUCAAUAUUCAUUCACAGAUCAGUCUCUAGAACCACAUGUUACAUACGAGUACAGGGUAGCCACGUGGAACAAAUACGGGAAAGGUGUAAGUGAAAUUAGCCGCGCUACCACCAAAGAAGAUGUACCAGAAGGUUUAAGUCCACCCCAGUGGACCAAAGUGGAUAAUCGGGAAGACAUUAUAUUUUUAAGCUGGAAAGAACCUCAAAAACCAAAUGGCAUCAUCAUUCAUUACAUAAUUCUCCGAAAUGGGAUGGAACGUUUCAGAGGAAAGGCACUGAGCUUCACUGACACCAGUGGGAUUCAGCCAUAUCAGGAGUAUUCCUAUCAAUUGCGUGCCUGUACUGUUGCUGGUUGUGCAGAAAGUCACAAGGUAGUUGCAGUCACCGUCCAAGGAGUCCCGGAAAAUGUUCAGCCACCCACCGUUACAGCUUUGAGUGCAGUGGCUUUGCAUUUGAGUUGGACAGCCCCAAGGAAGCCAAACGGCAUCAUCCGAGAAUACCAGAUCAGUCAAAUUGGGAAAGGUCUUAUACAUACUGACACUGCAGGCACGAUGCAGCAUACAGUAUCAGAUCUUCAGCCAUACAGAAACUAUAGUUUUACACUCACAGCCUGUACAUUUGCUGGGUGCACUUCCAGUCAGACAAGUUCAGGCAGAACAUUGCAAGCUGCUCCUCAAGGAGUAUGGUCACAGCCUCGUCAUAUCAUAGUUAGUUCAACUGUAGUAGAAUUGUAUUGGGAUGAACCAAAGGAAUCCAAUGGAAUUAUUUCUCAAUACCGGUUGCUUCGUAAUGGAGAAGAAAUUUUCAAGGGCGGUAAAAGAAAUCUGCAUUUCAUUGAUUCUGGCCUGCAACCAAACAGCAGAUAUGUUUAUCAGCUAGAAGCCAGCACAUGGGGUGGGAGCAAUACUAGUGACAAAUACGUCAUCCAGAUGCCAUUAGCAACACCAGAGGAAAUUCGCAUCCCUUAUAAUGUCACUACGAUAGAUGCAUAUUCCAUAUUCGUAGCUUGGGAUAUUCCCGGAUCAUUUAAGACCAAUACCCCUUUGAAGUAUAAUAUAUUACUGAAUGCUGGCAGUACCUCCCCUCUUGUAAAACCAGUUGGCCAGCCCAACUUUGCUCUUUUUGAUGGUCUGGAGCCAUACACAGAAUACGAGAUAAGGAUACAAGCCUGCCAGGAUGUCGGCUGCGGAGUUGGUGAAUGGGCAUAUGCAGUGACUGAUGAAGCCCCCCCUCAGAUGUUGGCGCCACCUGUCAUUGAGGCCACUGGAUCAGCAUCUAUACAAGUGAAAUGGGCACCACCUAAGAAACCCAAUGGAAUAAUUAAAGAGUACUUUAUUUACAGACGUCUGGUGGGCACCCAGGAGGAACUGCUUGUGUUCAUCUGGUCUGAAGGUGCUUUAGAAUUUAUUGAUGCUACGGAUGUUCUUCAUCCCUUCACCGAAUAUGAAUACCGUGUCAGAGCUCAGAAUUUGAAGGGUUCUGUAGAUAGUUCUUGGUCUUCAACACAGACUUUAGAAGCUCCUCCUUGGGGCAUGAAAGCCCCCUGGGCUGAAGCUGUAAGUGCUUACUCUGUGCUUCUAAAUUGGACCAGCCCCACUUCUCCUAAUGGUGCUAUUUCUCAAUAUCGUGUCAUCUAUCAAGAGAAGCAGAAUGACCCAACAUUUACCCCUCCAGCUGUUACUGCACUAACUGUACCGGGCAAUUUGCAUUACACUCACUUAUUUGGUUUGAAGCCGUUUACAACCUACCACAUCCACCUUGUAGCGGUCAACAAUGCUGGGCAUGCUACAAGUCCAUGGACUUCCGUGCGCACCCUGGAAGCUUCUCCAAGUGGCCUGAGCAACUUCACUGUGGAAAAGAAAGAGAAUGGCAGGGCACUGUUGCUUAAGUGGGCAGAGCCUUCGAAGCCCAAUGGUGACAUUAAGACGUACAAUAUUUUCAAUGACGAUAACUUGGAAUAUAGUGGCUUGUCUCGUCAAUUCCUCUUCAGACGCCUUGAGCCUUUCACUCUUUACACCCUAGUACUUGAAGCCUGCACUGUAGCCGGCUGCACUCGCUCCGUGCCCCAGCCAGUCUGGACUGAUGAAGCCCCUCCUGCUUCUCAAAUGGCACCCGUAAUCCAGUCAGUGAGUGCAACCAGCAUUGGGGUGAGAUGGUCUGAGCCAAUUAAUUCAAAUGGAAAAAUAAUACGCUAUGAAGUUAUUCAGAGAUGUGCGAAAGGAAAUGCUUCAGGGAAAAACUCAACAACAGAAGAAGAGAAAAUUGUUUUCACGGAAUAUAACACUGAGAAGAAUACAUUUGUAUACAGCGCUCAGGAUCUGCAGCCAUGGACUCGUUAUGAAUAUAAAAUACGUGCCUGGAAUUCAGCAGGCUAUACUGAUAGCUCUUGGUCAGUUGCAAAGACCAGCCAGGCUGCUCCAAAAGGCUUGGCGGCACCUAUUCUGAAGCAUAUUCCAGGAAGCCCUGACAAAAUACUAAUUUUGUGGUUGCCCCCAGAAGAACCAAAUGGCAUUCUGCAAUCAUAUCGGCUUCACAGAAAUGGUGUCCCCUAUCCUUUUAGCUUUGAUGCUGCAACUUUAAAUUACACCGAUGAAGAGUUAUUCCCAUAUUCAGAAUACCUCUAUGCGGUAACCACUUGCACAAUGGGAGGCUGCUCCACCAGUGACCACACCAGCAUACGAACCCUAGAGGCAGCUCCAGCCGUUGUGAACCCUCCCAUGCUAGAGGAUCUAGGGUCUACCCAAAUGAACUUGUCUUGGUUGCCACCUACAAUCCAAAAUGGAGAAAUCACUAGAUACAUCUUAAAAUUAAAUGGUGAAGAGCUCUAUAUUGGGAAAAGUUUGUUCAGGACAGUGUUCAAUCUGCAGCCUUACACUAAAUAUGACAUCACAUUGGUUGCCUGCACUAAUGGAGGUUGUACAAAUAGUGCCUCCAAAACUAUUUGGACAAUGGAAGCUCCGCCCCUCAACAUAGAUGCCCCCAUGUUGGCAGUGACAGGUUCAGAAUCAAUAGAAAUCACAUGGAAGGCUCCUGCAAAUCCAAAUGGUAAAAUCCGAGUGUAUGAGCUGAGGAGAAAUGGACUUCUGAUUUAUUCAGGCCUAGAAACUCGUUACCAUGACUUCAUGCUAGCUCCAGGAAUAGAAUACAGCUAUGCUGUUACUGCAAACAAUAGUCAAGGGAGCAUUACUAGUCCUCUAUCUAAAACUAGAACUAACCCUUCUGCCCCAUCUGGUAUGUCACCUCCUAGAUUGCAGGCAUGGUCCUCAGAAGCAAUUUUGGUGACUUGGGAUCCUCCAGCAAAAGUCAAUGGUGAUAUCAUCAAUUAUACAAUCACUAUUCGGGAACCUAUUAAACCAGACAAAAAGACUGUUCACUUAGAUUCGUCUCAUGCUUCUUUUGAUAGGAGAUCCUACACUUUGGCAGAACUAAAAGCGUAUCACAGGUAUGAGGUCCAAGUGCAAGCUUGUACACUCCAGGGUUGCACUUCCAGUGAAUGGGCUUCAGUUCAGACUCUUGAAGCAUCCCCUGAAGGACAGCCAGCCCCUCUCAUAGAUGCUCAAUCAAGCCAUGAAGGUUUUCAGUCUGAGCUUUCCAUUGUGUGGACAGGCCCAAAGCAGCCAAAUGGAAGGAUCUUAUAUUAUGAGCUUUACAGAAGACAGAUGACACCCAAUCAAGAAGCCCCAGUACUUGUUUUUAAUGGCUCAUCUAGUUCCUUCAAGGAUGCCACGCUAUUGCCUUUUACUGAAUAUGAAUACCAGGUUUGGUCAAUAAACUCUGCAGGCCGGACUGCUAGCAGUUGGACACCGUGCAGGACAGGGCCAGCCCCACCUCAAGGACUUCACGCACCCCUAUUUGACACAGUAGCUUCUACUUCAGCGGUGGUGAACAUCAGCCCUCCCCUUAAGCCAAAUGGAAUAGUCAGCCUCUACAGACUAUACUCAAACAAUACCAAAGGAAAAGAUGUAGUGCUAUCAGAAGGAACUGCCACUCAGCAAACCAUCCAUGGGCUCAAGCCUUUUACCACCUAUUCAGUUGGGGUUGAAGCCUGUACUUGCUUCAGUUGUUGCAGCAAAGGACCAGUGGCACAAGUCACCACACAGCCAGCUCCCCCUGCACAGCAGCCUCCUCCCUACGUAGACAGCAUGACCUCAAGGACUGCCUCUUUUCAUUGGGAUACACCUCAGGAGCCCAACGGCAUUGUGAGAAGGUAUGAACUCCACAUGUAUCCAACCUGCCUUCCUCACUUGCAGUCACUAGAAAGGUCUUGUAAACCUGGCCCAGUUGAAACGAGGUACACAGGAAAUAGCCAGCAUUCCAUUGUAACUGAUCUACAGCCCUAUACAACCUACAAGCUGAGAGUGGUGUCAUAUAAUUCGGUAGGCAGCACAUUUUCAGACUGGAUCACCUUCACCACCAAAAAAGAAGCACCUCAAUACAAAGCUCCAUUUACAGUGGUCAGCAAUUUAUCCACCAUCUACCUUGACUGGAGUCACAGCUUCCUACUGAAUGGGCCGCUAAAGGAAUAUGUGCUAAUGGAGGGAGGGCAACGUAUCUACAGUGGUUUUGACACCGUACUAUAUUUACCAAGGACAUCAGACAAAACCUAUUCAUUUCAGGUGAUCUGUACCACUGACGAAGGGAGUGCAGUAACGCCAGUGAUCAAAUACAACUCUGCUGCAGGACUUGGUCCUGUACUAACAACCCCAGGAAAAAAUGAGGAAGCAGGAAGGAAACAAGCAACCUUCUACACAGAGCUGUGGUUUGUGGUCCUGAUGGCCAUCCUCGGCUUGCUCCUUCUGGCAGUUUUUCUAUCCCUGAUUCUACAGCGGAAAAUCAGUAAGCAGCCUUACGCACGGGAAAGGCCUCCUUUGGUCCCACUUCAGAAGAGGAUGUCUCCAAUGAGCGUCUAUUCACAAGGAGAAACGCACAUGGGACUGGCAGAUACAAAAAUUCCAGGACCAGCAUCGCCUACGAGUAUGCAUAGUGUUCGAAGCACUUCCGUCGUCCAGGGACCCAGCCAAAGCCAGAUUCAACGUACUUUUUCCCAAGCUUCCCUACAUCGAAGUGUCAGUCAGCUUAUCGAUGUCUAUGACAAAAAGUCCUUAAUAGAAGAUGUUGUUUGGGAUACUGUUCUUCGCGGUCAUGACAGUGGUUUGUAUGUGGAUGACGAAGAUCUUGUAAGUGCUAUCAAAGGCUUCAGUACUGUGACCAAAGAACAUACAACAUUCACUGAUACACAUUUAUGAUCAGUUUCUCCACUGCUGUUAUAGCUUAAGCAAAAGCUUGUAGGUUUGUUUGUUUUUUUAAUUCAAGCCAUUCUGAAUCCACUUUGCCUUGUUCAAUUGCUGAGAUAUUAUGUGCCUACUGGAACUUUACCCAUGUUAACAAACAAUCACUUGGGCAGUGGGUGGCUAGAAUUGGUUGUACUGUUAUUUUAUCAAAACAUUAUCAUUGUUGCUAAACAAUUGUUGCUGCAGGAUGGAAAUGGAUAGAGUUGGAACUGUGUUUAUAUUAGUAUAUAUAUAUUAAAUGGAUUUUAAUGUGGUUUUGAUAGAUAUAUGAGCCUGAAACCUUGACUGAACCACCCAUUGAAGGAAAUAAUGAGAUUAAAAAUGGUAUAUUUGUCAAAUUUAGAUCACCACUA